AUGUAUAAAAACAAAUCGAUUCCUGAGAAAACUGAUGAUGAGACGACGAUCAAGAUCAAUUUUCUGACUGAUUCGAUCAAUGAGGAACACUCUUGCUUCUUGAGAACAACCAAUUAUUCUUUCCCCACAGAAAGCAGACGAAAAAGGCCAUCAGAUUUCUUCACCGUCACAGGUGGAGGAGGCUUCUUGGAGGCGGCUCAAGUCGAUCCUCUUGUUGUUGAAGUGGAGGCGAUCACAACUGGUGAACUCGGUUUCAAAUCACUGCUUUUCUUUGUUUUGCCCGAAAGUCCGAUUUUUCUACCAAGACUAAGACGGGAUUUCUUCUCAAAACCCCAACGU